AUGGAAGCGGCGCGGAAGUCGAUCGAGGUGCUCAGCCAGCGCAUCCUGCCCGAACGACCCCAUCACCUAGCAUUUCACCCCGAAUGGCGGUUUCGCCCCAGCCACGGUGACGGCAAUUCCUUUGAGGAAUGGCAUCAUCCCCGCCUGCAAUACCUGACGCUCUUGUCCGAAGCCGAUCGCGGCGUCCUCUUCACCAAGUCCGACUAUGACAUGCGUGAGGAGCCGGCCAAACCACUCCCACGCGAGGUCAACGCGCUGGCCAAGGGCGGCGAGAAGAAGAAGCUGUCGCUGAGCGACUACAAGAACAAGAAGACGGGGGCCACGUCGUCCACGUCGCCUCCCGAGCCAUCAAUCGCCAAGAAGAAGGAAAGCGAACGCGCUGGCGAGCUGUCGGCCAGCACGGGGGCCACCUCGGACCCCAGAUCCGCAUCAGAAUCAAAGUCUGCCUCGGAAGCGAGGAAGAUGGACAGGCCCAGGCCGCGAGAAUCAGAUCCGCCCGUCGACGCCAAACAGCGACAGGGUCGCGAACAAGCCGCCGACAUGAGAUUACCUCUUAAACCUCCUACCAAACACCCAUUGCCGCCCCGACCGCCCUCUCCCAAUUCCAAGAAACGCGUGGCUGACCCGGAUGACGAGUCGCGACCCCAGAAGCGAUCCAAGCCGGACGGCACCAAGCACGUCGAUGACCGGGUACAGCACUCCCGCGAUGACGCGCAGAAACGCAAGGAUAAAACAUCCUCGGCAGCUUCCAGGGAUGCACCGUCGCACAAAGACGACAGGCUAUCUGCUUCCGGCUCCAACUCCUCCUCUCUCCCCAAUGGCAGAGCCCUUCUCAAGGGCGCCGUGGGCUCCAGUCGCAACAACACCUCACCUGCACAUCGUCCACGAGGCGAUUCCCUAAAUGGCGUCCGCCCUACCGGUUCGGGAAGCAACCGGGUCACGCCCACCAAAGCCGAAGCAUCACGGUCAACUGUGCCGCCCCUGCUAUCCCCUCUCCACCUCACCUUUGAGGAUCGCGAAGCCGAAGACAGAUCGUUGGCGAAACAAAACAAGAAGAAACCUCGUGACGACUCUAGCGAACGGACCAAGUCGCCUAACCGACAACAUAGAAAGUCCGAGUCCAUAUCAGAGCUCAAGAGACAGAAGUCCCCAGCAAGAAUCCCGCCGUUGCUCUCGCCAACUUUGCCGCCGAUAGUGGAAGCCGCCUUGCAACUUAGAAAGAAAGCAUCGAUGGAGCCGUUGGAAGGCAAGCCCCUCAAGAGCAAAGAUGAGAGAGAGAAGGAGCCGCCACUGCCGCCCAAGAAGAAGAAGCCCGUGGUUGAUUACUCUGAUGACGAGGACGAACCCCUUCAGCAAAAGUUACGGAAGUCGCUCAUUGUCAAACUGAAAGUGCCCAAGAAACUGCGACGAGACUUUAAACGCAUUCUAGCCCUGUCAUCUUCCACGGCAGCCCGCAAGGAGUUGCAAGCGCAAAACCAAGAGCAUUCCACUGCACCAGAAGACUCUAUCCAGCCUCCGCCCGCGCGGAAACGGCCUGUUGCCCCUGACACGGCGGCAUCGUCAGAAAGCACCGCACAAAAGAAACCCAAGGUCCCUGAGAUUCCCAGCUCGUCUCGCUUGCCCGCUCCGACUACACCAUCCAAAAAGGGAGCCACCAACAUGUCGCGCGUCAGCUCUAGCAACUCGCUGGCCCAAACUCCCGGAGACACCGUCAACGCUACUCCAUCCGCCUCUGUCUCAUCUGAUCGUAGGGUCAACGGCCAAGAUGCAGGCCGCUCGGAAUCCUCCGAAGCCAGAGCUAUGCGAGAAAAAGAGGCCCGAUUCUCUACUCUUGGACGCCGCCUUAAGCACGAGGCUGACACGGCAAUGAGAGGUGGUGCCGGCGGUAGCUCGCGGGAGCCUGAUCUGAACAGAGCCUUUGUGAUUAGCACGGAAAGUUUGCUGGCUUUUAUGGCCGGCUUCCAGGCGCAAAACAUCUAUCGUGGGUUGUGCAAUAAGAGGAGCGACCCGGCUGGAUGGUCCAGCCUGUUCCCGCUGCUCGAAUUUAUCCAGGGCCAAAUGAAGAGGCAAGAGGCGCACACUCGUCGGUUCCUCCCUCUCUAUGUCUCGGUUCUCAACCUCAAUGUCAUGGCCAUUACUGAGCUGAUUCGGUGCCAUGUGGCAACCGAAAACCCAAUUCUCCCACCUCCAGAUUGGGUACGGCUCGAGCGGUCACGACUCCGACUCUACUCUCAGAUUAACGAGGCUCUCAGUAGCAUCGAGAGUCCUUCUCUGCAUCCCCAGAUCUUCUAUACGCUGGACGAAACGACGGCGGAAACUCUUCGAGUGCUCAGGCACUGGUGCCGCCAUGAGGACGUCGACUGGACUCCUGACGCUAACCUCGAAGCGUCUGUCGCUCCCGGGGGCCACUGA